AUGAAGUGCAUACCGCAAAAUGGCCCAGAGAGACACAGACAAAUUCGGACUAUGAAUGAGAUAUAUUCCAAGGCCUUCAUCACCAUCAUUGCGGCGUCUGGCAAUACAGCAGCCGAUGGAUUGCCUGGAGUCAGCACUGUUCCUCGGGUUGCCCAAAUGGAAACUCAAGUCAACGGGUGCACAUUUCUAGAGAUACCGCCGAUCUUUGACAGCUUAUGGAAAUCUAAAUGGGCGACGAGAGGUUGGACAUACCAAGAAGGCUUGCUAUCAACGCGAUGUCUCAUUUUCACUGAUAGGGGAAUUUCGUACCGCUGCAGAGAUACAUACACCGAGGAGUCUCUGCAGCAGCUCACCCCCUACAAUACAACGGUGGCUUCAAAAGGCCCGUCUAUCCAACAGAGCCUGAAAUUUCUUUUUGCAUCAACCACAACGAAUUUUCAUGAACUGACACAACGGAUUUUCGUGUACACCUUGCGACGUCUAUCAUAUCCAGAUGAUUCCAUCAACGCUUUCCUCGGGAUCCUUUCGGAUUAUGAAAGACUCAUGAAACUACCUGUUUCUUCCCCCAUAAGCCACCUAUGGGGUGUACCCUUCAAGGAAGAUGUUCUAAUCCUCGGAUGGUACCAUUUCUCACCCCCAAAACGCCGCAAAUCAAGCUUUCCUUCGUGGUCGUGGUCUGGCUGGGAGGGCGGUGCCCUGUUUGACAACCACCAAGGCCUGAGAGGUCGAUUCCUUUCCAGCAAUCCAACAUAUGCCCCAGUAUCUGUUGACAUUACGGAAACCUUGGCCGAUUUGUACGACUAUAAAUCAAAAUUUCUAUACUUGACAGGACCAAUUGUGCCACUUAAAUUCGCAGAUAUGGAGCAAACACAAACCAUUAUGAAUCAACUGAAGCAAGAAUCAGAUGCUCCUCGCUUGCCAAACCUGGAUUCGCGCACAUCGCCACAUCAAAUCAUGCUUGAGCUUUCCACGGGAACAUUCUCUAUAAUCAGCUCAAAUAUGGAUACUGAUGUCAAGGCUAAAGAUAACACAUUCGGUCUUCUGCUCUUUCAACCUAUAUCCCCCGCUUUUGAUCUCCGAGGAAUUCUUGUUCUCAGGGAAGACAAUCAGUUUUUCUCUAGGAUUGGAUACAUUGGUGUGGAAAACGUUAAGAAGUCUCGACUUCUCGACGCUAACGGUGUGUCAGUCAGCGAUAACCCACGCCUUGCUUGCGGUGGUAGACUGGAAUUUUGUCAUAGAGCAGUGCGGCGGCGAAUCUGUCUCCAGUAG